UGUGUACGCCUAUGACAUGACCCGUGGAAUUCGUUUAAUCUGAUUGCUUAUUAACACAAUAAGUACUUGUCCCGUUCCAACAGUUACACAGUCAUCAUUCUACUCGUGAACAGGAAACAAUAAAAAAUCAGAUAAAAAGAAUCAGAACUUCUUAACAUUAAAAAAAUGUCCCAAAAAUACAAAUUUUUAUAUUUUCCCAUGAAGGCUGUCGGAGAACCGAUUCGGCUUUUGUUCCACUAUGCCAACGUUGAAUUUGAAGAUAUCAGAGUUUCCAAUGAGGAAUGGGCCAAAAUGAAAUCGGAAAUGCCUUGGAACCUGUUGCCCGUUUUGGUGGUGGAUGGGAAGCACCAACUUUCGCAGUGCUUGACCAUUUUCCGCUAUUUGGCGCGAGAGUUUGGACUCGUGGGGGCGGACGAGUUCGAAACCGCCAAGUGCAACGAGUACAUCGACGCCAUGGAUGAAGUUCGUUUAGACGUAUUGCAAAUGUUUCGCGAAUCUGAUCCCGCAAAAAAAGCUGCCAUCAAGAAAAACGUGGUCGAAAAUACGUUCCCCAAGGCCUGGCCAAAGUUUAAUGGGAUCCUGAAAAGAAACGGGACAGGCUUCUUGGUUGGCGAGGGGGUCACGUGUGCUGACAUUUACGUCGCCUACAUGGUUGACUUGCUCACCGGCUUUGUCGAAUUUUCCACCAUGUCCGACUAUCCCGAGUUGGAUGACCAUCGAAAGAAAAUUUUAAAUCUGCCAGGAAUCAAGGAAUGGAUUGCGACAAGACCGUACACAGCGUUUUGAUAAACAGAUAGAUAAAAAAUAUGAAAUUAAAAAAAAAAAAAAUUAUUAAAAAAUAUUUACAAAAAUACACUUU